AGCUAGGAAAAUUAUUUUGCUUCCCUUUUCUGCUGUGCUGUCUGCGGACGACAACGUGUCCCGACAAAAUGGCACUGUAUAAUUUCAAGAAGAUCAUGGUGGUUCCCACCGCCAAGGAUUUCAUUGACAUCACUUUAUCCAAAACACAACGGAAGACGCCCACAGUGAUUCACAAGCAUUAUCAGAUCCACCGCAUCCGACACUUUUACAUGCGCAAGGUGAAGUUCACGCAGCAAAACUACCAUGACCGUCUCACACAGAUUCUCACCGACUUCCCCAAACUCGACGACAUCCACCCCUUCUACGCUGACCUGAUGAACGUACUUUACGACAAAGACCAUUACAAGCUGGCCUUGGGUCAGAUCAACAUUGCCAAGAAUUUGAUUGACAAUGUAGCCAAAGACUACGUGCGCCUGAUGAAGUAUGGAGAUUCUCUUUAUCGAUGCAAGCAGCUGAAGCGAGCCGCUCUGGGUCGCAUGUGCACCAUCUUGAAGCGACAGAAGUCCAGUCUGGAGUAUCUGGAACAAGUACGUCAACAUCUGUCCCGUUUGCCCACCAUUGACCCUAACACCAGGACGCUGUUGCUGUGUGGGUAUCCCAACGUGGGCAAGUCCAGUUUCAUCAACAAGGUGACGCGAGCGGAUGUGGACGUGCAGCCUUACGCAUUCACCACCAAGUCGUUGUUUGUGGGUCACAUGGAUUACAGAUACCUGCGCUGGCAGGUGGUGGACACACCCGGGAUCCUGGACCACCCUCUGGAGGAGCGCAACACUAUCGAGAUGCAGGCCAUCACGGCUCUGGCCCACCUGCGAGCGGCCGUGCUGUAUGUCAUGGAUGUGUCGGAGCAGUGUGGGCAUACCCUGCCCCAGCAGCUGGAGCUCUUCAACAACAUCCGUCCGCUGUUCGCGAGCAAGCCACUCAUCGUGGUGGCCAACAAAUGUGACGUGAAGAAGAUCAGUGAAGUGUCUGAGGAGAAUCAGAAAAUCUUUGCAGACUUGUCUGCAGACGGCAUCCCUGUCAUCGAGUCCAGCACGCUGACCGAUGAGGGCGUGAUCCAGGUCAAGAAUGAGGCCUGCGACCGCCUCCUGGCCCAGCGAGUGGACAACAAGAUGAGGGGCAAGAAGGUCCACGACGUCCUCAACCGGCUGCAUCUGGCCAUGCCUGCUAAGAGAGACGACAAGGAGAGACCUCCGUUCAUCCCUGAACGAGCUUUGAUGCGCAGGAAAGCCAUGGAGGUGGACGCUCCCAAACGGAAGCUGGAGAAAGAUCUGGAGAUGGAGAUGGGAGACGACUAUGUGCUGGACCUUCAGAAAUACUGGGACCUGAUGAACGACAACGAGAAGCAUGACAAGAUCCCCGAGGUGUGGGAAGGCCACAACAUCGCCGACUACAUUGACCCCGCCAUUAUGAAGAAACUAGAGAACCUGGAGAAGGAGGAGGAGCUGAAGGAGCGUGCCGGCGAAUAUGAUUCUGACGACGAGAGCGAAGAUGAGGAGAUGCAGGAGAUCCGCCUCAUGGCCAAGCAGAUCCGCGAGAAGAAGCACCUCAUGAUCUUGGAGUCCAAAGAGAAGGAUGUGCACGGGCCGCGCAUGCCCAGGACCGCCACCAAGGUUGAGAGGAAGACAUUGGAGAAGGAGAUGAGCGACCUCGGCCUGGACAUGAGCGACAAAAACAACAGUCACUACGUAGAGCAGGCCCGCCGCUCCCGCAGCGUCACCAGGAAACGAAAGCGCGAGGCUUCUGCGGCGCCACCAGCCUCCAAGACGCGCAGCCAGAGCGCCUCUCGGCCUCCUCGAGAUCAGUCGGGAUUACGAGAUGCAAAGAUGGUAAAGAAGACCAAGAAGAUGAUGAAGAACUCCCAGAAGGGCAUGAACCGUCAGGGAAAGAAGGGUGAGGCGGACCGACACGUGUUCGACCUGAAACCUAAACACCUGCUGGCGGGAAAGAGGAAGUCGGGAUCCACUGACCGCAGAUGAACAGGAAGAGGAACUCUCUCUGGACUCUCGUGACACCUUCCUCCUUUCUUUUCGGAAGGAGACUUCUGUGUUGUUGUCUACACUUUGUACUUUUAUUCUACACAAUACCGAAAUCAUCAAAUGGUCAUUUCCUUUUUUUAACAAGGACACUCCAGGGUCCAUUAUAUGAAUAACUCAUUGAUGGUGACUGUUGUGUGAUUUUGUUCCUGCACACAAUCAAACACUUUGAUUAUAUGUGGGAAUAAAUUGUACAUGAUUUGUUCAUGUUCGAUAAAGAUGAUGGCAAAUAAAUACAUCAAUCCCA